AUGGUCGUCUUCGACGGCCACGAAUACCUGACCGAGGAGGAAAGGCGCCUCAAAGAAGACCGUGAGAAAAUCAAGUACUGGAAGAAAUGGGGUCCCUAUGUGGCUGAGCGACAAUGGGCCACAGUUCGAGAGGAUUACAGUCCCGACGGAGAUGCUUGGAGCCAUUUCCCUCACGAGCACGCCCGGUCCAGAGCCUUCCGGUGGGGUGAAGAUGGUAUUGCGGGCGUCUGCGACACGCACGGGUUUCAGAACAUUGCCUUUAGUUUCUGGAACGAGGAAGACGACUUCCUCAAGGAGAGACUUUUCGGUCUCUCUAAUCCCCAAGGAAACCAUGGAGAGGGCGUCAAGGAAGCUCACUUCCACCUUGACAAUACUCCUCACUCGUACAUGAAAUUCCUCUACAAGUAUCCGCAAAGAAAGUUCCCGUACCAGGAUCUGCUCGAAGAGAAUGCUCGCCGAGGCAAACAAGACAAGGAAUACCAACUCAUCGACACGGGCAUUUUCAACCAAGACCGAUACUGGGAUAUUUUCAUCGAGACAGCCAAAGAGUCGGACGAUCCUGACGAGCUUCUCUUCCGAGUCACCGCAUGGAACCGUGGCCCGGACCCGGCACCACUCCACAUUGUCCCCCAGGUGUGGUUUCGCAACACCUGGAGCUGGGGCCGCGAAGCUGCAGACAAGAAGCCAUCCAUUGCCCUGGACUCGGAACUUUCUCUCAGAUCCAAGCACCACAGCCUUGGCGACCGAUCCGUACACUUUUCUCCCUCUCCUGGGGUGGGGUCCAGUGGUCGAGACGUAUUGCCUCGGUGGAUGUUUACGGAAAACGACACCAACUUCAAGGCCCUUUAUGGCCAAGAAAACAAGCAGCCAUACGUAAAGGAUGCAUUCCACAGAUAUGUUGUCGACGGGGAGAAGUCGGCAAUCAACCCGGCUCAAACUGGCACCAAGUCAGCUGCCUGGUUCAACUUUAACGAAGACGGCGGGGUGAACCCCGGUGAAUGCGCAGUCGUUCGUUUUCGUUUCAGCAGAAAAAAUAUGGUCUAUUUGGACGAGGAGGUCUUUGAUGAUGUCAUUGAGAAGCGCCGGGAAGAGGCAGAUGACUUCUACUACAGACUCAGCCCUCUGCCCAUGGCGGAUGAUCUUCGAAACAUCCAAAGACAGGCCUUUUCUGGGAUGAUGUGGACAAAGCAACACUAUUAUUUCAUCUGGGAUGAGUGGGCCAAGGGUGAUCCGGCGACGCCUCCGCCUCCGCCUGAUCGAAUGCGAGUACGAAAUUCGCAAUGGAGACACAUGCACUGCGACGAUAUUCUGUCCAUGCCGGACUCGUGGGAGUACCCGUUCUUUGCCGCGUGGGACAGCGCGUUUCACUGUAUACCUCUGGCCAUGAUUGACCCCGAUUUCGCCAAGAAACAGCUCGAUUUGUUCACUCGGGAAUGGUACUGCCACCCCAACGGGCAACUACCAGCAUACGAGUGGAACUUUGGUGACGUGAAUCCUCCAGUUCACGCAUGGGCGACGUUUAGGGCUUUCAAGAUUGAGAGGAAGAUGUAUGGGCGCCAAGACCUUGACUUUCUGGAGCGCCUCUUCCACAAGCUGCUCCUCAACUUCACCUGGUGGGUGAACCGUAAAGACACGGAGGGCAAGAACAUCUUUGAAGGCGGCUUCCUCGGCCUGGACAAUAUCGGUCUGUUCAAUCGAUCAGAGCCACUGCCUACGGGGGGUGUACUGGAGCAGGCAGACAGCACAGGCUGGAUGGCCUUUUACUGCCUGUCCAUGCUCAACAUUGCCCUGGAACUGGCCAAGCAUCGCCGCAUCUACGAAGAUAUUGCCUCCAAGUUUUUCGAGCACUUUAUCCUCAUCAGCGACGCCAUGACCUUCCGCACCGGUCAAAAGGACGAAAAGUCUCUCUGGAACGAGGAGGACGGCUUCUACUACGACGCCAUCUCGUGGGGCGGUCCCUGGAUUCAGCAGCUGCCUGUGCGAUCUCUGGUCGGGCUCAUUCCCCUGUACGCCACUGCUACCCUGGAACCCGAGCUGCUGAACAAGCUGCCCUCGUUCCGGAAACGAGUGCAGUGGUUUGUUCAAAACAGGGAGGAUCUGGCUGAACGAAACAUGGCCAGCAUCCGCAAGAGAGGCAAAGGAAACCGGUUGCUCUUGUCCAUUGUCAGCAAGGACAGGCUGGAGAAGAUCCUCAAGCGCAUGCUGGAUGAGGACGAAUUCUUCAGCGACCACGGCAUCCGAUCUCUUUCCAAGUACCACAAGCAGCACCCGUUUUCCAUGUCGGUCAACAACCAGGAAUUCAAGGUCGGGUACGUCCCCGGUCACUCGGACAGCGGGUUGUUCGGAGGCAACAGCAACUGGCGAGGACCCAUCUGGCUGUGCGUAAACUUCUUGCUGGUCGAGUCCCUGCAGCGCUUCUAUCUCUUCUACGGGCCCGAGUUCCGGGUAGAGUGCCCGACAGGCAGCGGCGACUACAUGCACCUCGGCAAGGUGGCCGAAGAGAUCCAGCACCGGCUGCAACACCUCUUUGCGCGGACCGACGACGGCAGACGAAGCGUCAACGGGGGGGACGACGUGUUGGACUUUGACGAGCACUGGAAGGACUAUCUCUGGUUCCACGAGUUUUUCGACGGCGACACCGGGUGCGGCCUAGGGGCAAGUCACCAGUGCGGAUGGACCGGUCUCAUUGCGAGAAUGAUUCACGACACGGGCGUCAACUGCCGUCUCCCGCAAACGCCGCGCACUCCGUCCGUGGCAAUGGCGCACUACUUUGACGACGUGUUCCACCGCAGCCUGGAUGUGCGAGGCUCCGAGCCGCGACGACACCACCUCCGGCGCUCAUCAACCGCCCGGUCAAUCGGAGCGAGAAGCGACUUUGACAGCUCCACCAACGGCCUCGACGACGACGCCCACUCGACCGCUGACUCGGUCUUGCACGACGGAAAGGCCAGGGAGAAGGAAGAGGCGGACCUGCACCUGCACCGGUACAUAUCCGACCAGCUGAACCGGUACAAGGACGAGACGCUGAAUGGGCAGACGCACGAGGAUGAGUUUGAGACACAAGUUUGA